AUGGGAGCACGGACAAGGGGAGGAGGAACAGCGAAGGAGGAGACUGGGCUCGGCGUCGGCUGCGGGGAGGAAGAGUUGGCUGCGGCGGAUGACGGGGCAGAAGGUUGUGUUUCCGAUCUCCACAGAGCUUUUGGCCGGAAGGGGGAUGACAGCGACCUCAUCAGCAUCGUUGCCUGGGAAGAACUCCGGCGUGGGGUGGAAGAACUGCCGACCACGGCUGACGACGAGGAGAUGGGAGCACGGACAUGGGGAGGAGGAACAGCGAAGGAGGAGACUGGGCUCGGCGUCGGCUGCGGGGAGGAAGAGUUGGCUGCGGCGGAUGACGGGGCAGAAGGUUGUGUUUCCGAUCUCCACAUAGCUUUUGACCGGAAGGGGGAUGACAGCGACCUCAUCAGCAUCGUUGCCUGGGAAGAACUCCGGCGUGGGGUAGAAGAACUGCCGAUGGCGGCUGAUGACAAGGAGAUGGGAGCACCGACAUGGGGAGGAGGAACAGCGGAGGAGGAGACGGCCCCCGGCGUCGGCUGCGGGGAGGAAGAGUUGGCUGCGGCGGUGAGAUGGAGAGGGGAAGGAGGGGCGGAGGAGGAUGGGGUUUUCGACAUUGCCGGCGAAGGGUUCUCUUUUUGGUGGUUGAAGGCGGCGAAGGGUUUCCAGCCUUUAUAG